AUGCAUUACAUGGGUUUGUUUAGUAAAACUGGAAACAUAUUUAGGCAGCCUAGAGCAUUGCAGGCCUCAAACGCUAUGUUACAGGGAAAUCUUUCUUUGACUCCAUCUAAACUCUAUGUUGGAGGCCUCUCACUAACUACUGAUGUAGAUCUCUUGAAAGAAGCUUUUGGCAGAUUUGGAAAAAUCGUUGAUGCGGUAGUGGUUUCAGACCGUGAAACUGGUGUAUCGAGGGGAUUUGGUUUCGUAACAUAUGAUUCAAUUGAUGCUGCUAAUAAUGCAAUACAAUAUAUGAACGAUCAGGAACUUGAUGGGAGAUUUAUUGGAGUGAACCUAGCUGAUUCAGGAGGCGGUGGGGGUGGUGCAAGAAGGGGAGGUUUUGGUGGUGGUCGUGGUGGAUACGGUCGUGGUGGAUUUGGACGUGGUGGAUUCGGACGCGGUGGAUUUGGACGCGGUGGUGGAUAUGACUUUGUUCGUUAA